AUGGCUUUCGUGCUUACGUCGCCAUCUGUCGCGUUUUUCCUAGUCGUCGUUGCGAACUUGCAACGGUCGUUUCUAGGCGCACCGCAAGUCCCGUGCUUCUUCAUUUUCGGAGACUCGUUAGUCGAUAAUGGCAAUAAUAAUCCACUACAGACAGAGGCGAGGGUGAAUUAUCGACCGUAUGGGGUUGAUUUCCCUGACGGGCCCACCGGAAGGUUCACCAACGGUCGUAACAUUGCAGAUUUUCUCGCUCAGUUACUCAGUUUCGACACAUACAUUCCGCCUUUCUCAACCGCACAAAACAACAACAAUAUCAGUCGAGGCGUCAAUUACGCGUCGGGAUCAGCAGGAAUUCGGGGCGAAACGGGUCAGCAGCUGGGCGAACGGAUCAGCUUGGACAGGCAGCUCGAAAAUCACAACAGCAUUAUCUCCCGAAUUUCUCAUUCGCUCGGCAACUCAACUUUAGCCGAAGAACAUCUGCGUAAAUGCUUAUAUUAUUUUGUGGUCGGUAGUAACGACUACAUAAACAACUACUAUGUGCCCGAAUAUUAUCCGACCAGCCGAAUCUAUACGCCCGAGGAAUAUGCUUCGGUCUUGAUCACACAAUACUCUCAACAGCUCAGAACAAUUUACAGAGAUGGGGCAAGAAAAGUAGCAGUUUCUGGGCUCGGCCUGUUGGGCUGCAUACCGCAGGAAACCGGGCGGGGCACAAAUGGGUCGGCCUGCGUGGGCCCCAUCAACGACGCGGUUCAGUUAUUCAACGUCAAGCUGGAAAAGCUCGUGAAAGAACUCAAUCGUAAUCUUACGGGUGCAGAAUUUGUCUUCGUGGGAGCCAUUGUUUUGGAGCCGCAAGAACUGAUUGGUUUAGGUGUGAGUUUGCUGAACAAACCGUGCUGCCAGGUGUCGAAUUCGACGGGGCUGUGUAUUGAAGGCCUGAGGCCAUGCCCUGUUAGGGCAUUACAUGCUUUCUAUGAUAAUUUCCAUCCAACUGAGGUUAUCAACCAGUUAGUGGCAACUGCUGUGUACAGUGAAAUUCUCAUAUUGAUUCAUUAA